ACCACUUGCCAACCACCCGUUUUACCCCUCGACACGUCAUUGCUCCUUGCACCUUAUACUCCUUGUAGUAAAGUUGUGUUUGAGGACCUGCAGACCCUGUCUCUCCCUCCCUCCCUCCCUCCCUCCCUCCCUUUCUCUCUCUCUCUCUCUGGUAGAGUUUUUCCGGUAUCUGUGACCGGCGCCAGGACCGAUUACGUAUAUCGGAGUGGUUCCGUGGCCCUCAGAGGGUGCGGCACCGGCUGACUGAGAGGAUAGAGGAUAGAGGAGUGAAGUGAGGAGGAGUUUGGACGAGGGUUUUUUCGUUUUCGAUAGAGUGAGAAACGGCGCGGGGUGGCGGCGACUCAUAGACGGUUGACAUGAUUAUAUCAAAGGAUCUCUUCCUUCUUGGCGACCAAGAUUACCUGCGGCUUCCCAGCAACGAGAAACGCCAGCAGCGGGCGAUGGGCAGGCCGGCGGUCGUCAACACACCAAGAGUGGAAAGUUCGGCGCUGCAGCUGGUAUGUCCGCUGGAGUCACGUCCCGUUCAACUUGUCUACCGGAAUCUCCAGGUGGUCAAGGACAAGAGGGCUCUCCUCCGAGACGUCUCAGGGGUCGUCAAACCGGGAGAGCUACUCGCCGUCAUGGGACCAUCAGGCUGCGGGAAAACAACGCUGCUGAAUUGUUUAUCCGGACGAGUCGGUCUGGACGGCGGUGAAAUUUGGCUAAAUCGAGAACGUCUUACGAAGAGGUGGCGCCGAAGGAUAUGCUACGUUCAACAACAGGACGUCUUCUUUCCGGAUCUCACCUUAAGACAGACACUCGAGUACCAGGCUCGCCUCAGGCUGCCAGACACGCUUUCACACUCUCAGAAGAUGCAGUGUGUAGACCACAUAAUCGAGGUUCUUGACCUCUCCGCCUGCCAAGACACAAUUAUUGGAGACUAUACGAAACGAGGUCUUUCUGGGGGCGAGAAGAAGAGGACAAGCAUCGCCUGCGAACUUCUCACCAAUCCUUCUUUGAUGCUCCUCGACGAACCCACGAGUGGACUCGACUCCCAUUCGGCCCAGGCUCUGAUCUCCCGGUUGAAGAAGUACGCUGAACAGGAAGGAAAGAGCAUCGUCGUCACGGUCCAUCAGCCCAGUUCGCGAAUGUUUCACAGCUUCAACAAGCUGCUCCUACUCAGCAGAGGACAGGUCGCAUAUUACGGGUCGACGACCAACAUCGGCAGAUUUUUCUCCACCAUCGGCCUCACCUUACUCCCACAUUACAACCCUGCUGACUUCAUACUCGAACAAAUAAAGGGACCGGAAGAGGUUCGAGAGAGGAUAGUGGCUGCGGCUAGGGCGGCGAGGCAGGGAAUCGACUGCCCCUUGGAACUUCGGCCAGACUACAACCCCAGCCAACAUCCGCUCUGCGAUCAUCUGAUCCAUUAUCACGAGCACCAUAUCACCCACAAUGGAAACGGAGAAUGCAAGGACAUUACGAACGGAGGAAAACUGGAUAUGUGUGUGGUCAUUGACACCCCGAACCACAACACCAGCAGUCACGUUUACAGCGCGAUCGUAAAGGAGGAUGACGGAAGGACCCUUUGGCUCGAUACUCAAAGUCACGCGAGUAGCAGCACAAGUUCUUCGGACGACGAUUACUCCUGGCAUUGGCCAACGAGCUUUUGGUCUCAAUUCAAAGUACUGUCCGAGCGGAACUUCCAAGAGGCCAGACCCAGGAUGUUGUCUCGCCUGAACUGGCUCCAGACAGUAGCCUUGGGUCUUUUGGCGGGUCUCCUUUGGCUUCGUCUUCCGAGAACGGAGGCCGCCCUCCACGACAUCCAGGGAUGGAUGUUCUUCAGCACGACUUACUGGAUGCUGUUCGCCCACUUCGGAGCGCUCUCUAGCUUUCCUCCCGAACGCGAGGUAAUCAACAAGGAGCGUCUCUCGGGAUCGUAUCGCCUCUCGGCUUAUUACCUCGCCAAAAUGGUCGGCGAGUUACCGUUGACAAUCACGCUUCCGGCGGUUUAUCACAUAAUCAGUUACCCAAUGCUGGGUUUUCACAGUCCGGCUGUGUUCGUCACUCUACUGGCGUUUCUACUGCUGAACACAGUCGUCGCCCAGAGCGUGGGCUUCUUCGUGGGUGCCUGCUGCCUCGACCUUCAAGUCAGCAUAACGGCAUCGGCGCUCUACACUCUGGGGACGCAAUUACUUGGCGGGUAUCUCGCCACCGCUGUACCCCCGUGGCUUGCCUGGGCGAGGUACGCCAGCAUGGUUCACUACGCCUAUCAGAAUAUGCAGAUACUCGAGUUCGGCGUCGGGGAACCAAUCAUGUGUGCUCAGCCGAGCAAAUUUUCCGAGUGCAAGAACGGAACGACGAUACCGGUAUCGGCGAUCUUAGAGGGACCGGGCGGUGCUGCCGGUCCUGGAUUGCCACUGUGGGCGAACACUGCGGUUCUAUUAGCGUUCCUAGUCGUGUUCAGGACGCUAGGAUACCUAGUUCUACGUUAUUAUCGCGUACCCAAGUGAGCGUAAUGAUGAAACGCCACCUAGAAUCCAAUUUUGUACACAAGUUUUCACGGAUCUUUAUUAUAUAAUAUACUAUAUUGAUAUCACUGUUAUAAAUACGAUAUAAUAAUACGAAGAUAUAGUACUCAGCAAUACGAUUUAACGGAUAGUAACGCGUUUGAGGGUCCGAUUAG